UAUUAUUAAACGCUUUUUGGUAUUAAAAACAGCAAUAAAAUUGUGUUUUUGAAGAAUUCAAUUCUCUAUUCAGGAAACAAACUAUGGGAUUAUUAUCAUUAGGAAAGCCGUUGUCGUGGGACGAGACCAAGACGUACGCCGAACACGUCCGACAGCACGGAAUCAAUCAAUUCAUACAUCUGUACAAUAAGCUGAAGAACAGGAACGACACGACCCUUAAGUGGGGCGACGAAAUCGAGUAUAUGAUCGUCAAGUUUGACCACAAGAAUAGGAAGGCGCGGCUCAGUCUGCGGGCGAAACCCAUUCUCGAUGUGAUGGACGCCCGCGAGGAGGCGGAGGGCGCCAACCGAUCGGUGCUCUGGAGGCCUGAAUGGGGCGAAUGGAUGAUUGAGGGGACGCCGGGAAAGCCGUACGGAAUCGAUGAGUCGGAUUCGGGCGCCGGCUCUCUGUCCCACUUCAACGUAGUCGAGGCCAAUAUGAAGGCCCGGCGCCAAGAAGUGAACGCUAUGCUGGCCGAAGACGAGGCGCUGCUCUGCAUCACGAGUUACCCCCGCUUAGGAACCGAAGACUUCACUCAUCCCUACACUAAAGCCGAGCCCCAGACCAGUGCAACGAGAAGUCAAUUCCUGGCCGACGAA